ACUUGAAGCUUUCGAAAGGCUGAAAGAUGACGCGUUACUUCAAGUUACUAUAUUGCGCAGUUAUUUUUCUUGCGGCUGGCCCAGUGGCCAAUGGACUCUCACUCGAGGACAGAUUUGAGCAGUUAACCAAUAAUUUCAAUGAAAUGAAGCAAAUGUUGGCAAUAAAAGACAGUCGACUAGAAGCACUGGAACUCAAGGUUCAACAACAUGAAGAAAAAGUAACUCGAUUGGAACUUGCCCUUCUAAAUGAACAAAGAAUAAACUCGAAAUUAUCGGUAUCAGGAUUGAACGAAAUCAGCAGUAAAUCAAAUGCAAGGAGCGCCAUGCCACGGACGUGCAGGGAAGCUCGUCUAGCGGAUCCGUCUCUCACAUCCGGAAUGCACUGGAUCGAUCCAGACGGUCAAGCCGUUGGUGAUGAUCCCAUCUACGUUUACUGUGAUAUGGAUUCAGGAUCGACAUCAGUUGUGCAUGAUACGGAAAUGUCGUUGGAUGUUGGACACUGCGCAGAACCUGGUUGCUACUCAAAGGCCAUCAACUACAACGCAACCAGCAGGCAAAUGGCCGCUUUGGCGCAAUUAUCUAACGAAUGUCACCAGUCAAUUAAAUACGACUGCUAUUACGCCCCUUUCGAAUUCGACAACAUCGCAUAUGCCUGGUGGAACGAUAGAAAUGGAAACGCAAAAUACUUUUGGUCCGGUAGCAGCACAAAUGUCCACACCUGCCAAUGUGGAAUCGAUAACAAUUGCGUCGAUGCUACACUGGAGUGCAACUGCGACGCGACUGCGCCAGUCCAACUAGCCGAUAGCGGGGUCAUCACCGACAAGAAUGUACUGCCCAUUACCCGACUCAAUUUUGGUCGGACUCAACUGGCCAGUUCUACCGGAGUGCACACCCUAGGCCGUUUCGAAUGCUCAGGACAAGUGGCCGUCACGGGAAUGCCGAAAUCGUGCGAAGAUCUCUGGAGGAUUGGACACUCCCUGAGUGGAUUGUAUUCGGUUAUGGGAUCCAAAAUGGUGGAAAGUGUCUACUGCGAUUUUACAAAGUUGCCUAGUGACGCGGGUUUCCAGAGAUGGAUCGGAUUUGAUGACAUCAUUUCUUCUCCUACUUAUUUCUACGUUCAGAGAAACUAUGUCUCGUUCAACCAAACAAACACACCGAUUCCGUUUGAUGUUGAAAUACUCAACGUAGGUGGAGCCAUGGAUUUGCAAACAGGGAAAUUCACAGCACCCCGAACUGGAACAUAUUUUUUCUCCCUGUCUGGGCUUGGGUUUUUUCCGGCUACUUCUUCUUCUAGAUUUAAAAUCGAUAUAUGUCUCACUAAAAGUGGUAGUAGGAUCGCAAAUGGGCAUGCUAGUUCGACCAGUUCCUCUUUAAUUACAUUUGAAACAUUUUCAUUACAAUCGACAUUGCAGUUGCAGGUGGGAGAACAAAUUUGGGCUGAGAUAUUCUCUAUUUCAGCCGGGGCUUUCCUGGAUGGUAACAACUACACUCAUUUUACUGGAUGGCUUCUACAAGAAGACAUUUCGCUGACCCGAACCAAUUGAUCAAUUGUAUAAAAUACUUAUAACAAGAGAGUU